GUUGCCUACGCAUGAAGAAGUGCUUGCGACAGAACGAUGUUGAACUGACCGUGUGCUCAGUAUACACAGAGGCGCCCAGGCCCGAGGUUAAAGUAUAAGUCAGGUGCUCCUAGGUCGAGCGGUCAGAUGGUCUGCGCAUUUGACGACCUGCAUCCCAAAAAGAGCUCAAGCGAAUUCGCUUAUCAGUUUCAAAGACACCAGAACUUCGAACGAGCCAUGUAACUAGGCCUAUCUAUUAGCCAUUAUAUUUGAGGCACUCAAUUGUGUUCGAAAUGCUAUACAACACUGUUUUGGCGCAUGCCAUCGUCACCGUCCUCUACUUGCAAACCCUGGCCCUUGCUGCUGAAAACUCACAGACCCUACUGAACGCAGAUUCAAUUCCUCCGCAACCAAGACAGCGACCACACCGAGUAGCCAUCAUCGGUGCAGGCGCAGGUGGCUCCUCUACAUCCUACUACCUCCAAAGGUUCUCCCAGCAGCACUCCUUGCCUUGUGAAAGCACACCAAUACAUAUCACUGUUUUCGACUCCAACCCCUACGUCGGUGGCCGGACCACCACGGUCAAUGCCCUCGAUGACUCACGCUACCCGGUUGAACUCGGCGCAAGCAUCUUCGUCAAGAUAAAUCAUAUUCUAUACAAUGCCACCCGAGAUUUUGGAUUGACUGCUUCCGUCAAGAUAUACCAAUCUGCACCCGAUUCAAAGUAUGAGUUGGGCAUUUGGGAUGGGAACGACUUCGUCUUCAAAGCCGAGAGAGAGGACGAUGAGGACAGAAGUUCGUGGAGAGGAUGGUGGGACAUUGCCAAACUUCUCUGGAAAUACGGAUUGGCUCCCAUACGGACGCGGCAGGCCACGAAAAAAGCCGUCGGUGAAUUCUUGAAGUUUUACGAGGAACCAAUAUUUCCUUUCAGCUCGAUCGGAGAGGCCGUGGAUGCCACAGGCCUGCAUGCAUACACUGGCCUCACAGGGAAGGAUGUUCUGCAAGAGGCGAGAGUGGGCGAUCUGUUUUCUCGUGAAAUCAUCCAAGCAAGCACCCGCGUGAACUACGCGAGCAAUCUAGGCGGGAUACAUGGAUUGGAAACAUUGGUGUGCAUGGCUAUCGAGGGAGCCAUGGCCAUCGAGGACGGCAAUUGGCACAUCUUUGAUGAGAUGGUGAGGAGUACCGCCGACGAGUUAUUCUUGAAUGCGACGGUCACCGAUGUCGUCAAAGACGACAAGAAAGGGACAUUCCAACUCAAGACCGCAAAUGAAGAUAUCAAUAGACGGCUUACAAUGGAAUACAGCGCUGAGUACGAUACGGUCAUCCUCGCAGCUCCCUAUCAAUUCGCCAAUAUCACCUUUUCACCACCCCUCAUUACCGUGCCGCAGAAGAUCCCCUACGUUUCGCUCUACGUGACGCUGUUUACCUCUCCACACCGUCUUUCUCCGGCGUUCUUUGGACUCGACUCGCAAGCAGACGUCCCUUUGUCCGUCCUCACAACUCUAUCUCUGGACCUGUCGGACGAACUGGGCCCUCGACGGGGCGUCGAUGCCGUUGGCCCACCGGGAUUCUGGUCGAUAAGCACACUCCGGGUCUUGCAUCCAAAAACAGACGGUGUCUUCUGCGGACCCACCUCAAACUGCACGGAGCUACCUGCUGGAGCUGGAGCAGAUGGGAGCGAAGAAGAUACACAGUAUCUAUACAAAAUCUUCUCCCCAGCGCCUUUGACGGGGACUUUUCUUUCAUCUUUGCUUGGCUUCCAAUACUCGCCGGAGCCUGAAAGUAAACACGAUGAUCCACUCUCUCGGCUCCCGAAAUCCGAGAUUACGUGGCUUCACGAGAAACACUGGCACAGCUACCCUUACGAACUGCCCCGGACCACAUUCGAGAACUUCACGUUGUGCUCCACGGAAUCGUGCUCCUCGCACGGCAUCUCGGAUGGGGCCUACUACCUCUCGGGCAUGGAGUCGUUCAUCUCGACAAUGGAAACUUCCGCUCUGGCGGGUAUGAACGUCGCCCGCCUUGUGGUGCGGGAUCUACAUGACGAGCAAGAAUUGAAAGAGUUGCAAUCGGACAUGGAACUGUAGCAGAAGCCUCGACCGCCGAUGGAGGACAUGGCAAGAAAGGUGUAUCACCGCCCCCACAUCUGGAAGAAGCACGCGAAGCCCAUGGCGUUGAUCAGAGGAGAAUCGAUAGGCACAGCUCCAGUCUAUGGACUUGGUCAUGAUGCCUAUGAAUUUCACAGACCUAAUUGGCACAUGCCAGAAGGACAAUCAAGAGUUCUAUUCAUGGGAAAACAACACUUCCAAAACCACCACGUAAACGAGCGGUACCACAGCUACAACUCCCCGCCGCUGGCUUUGAAGACCUUGCUUGAUACUGCCGAACAACCUGGCUACCUAUCACUGGGUUAUAUACACGAUAGAUGCCACGGGAAUAGCGCCGGCGCCGGCAUAGCCUCCCAGGAGUAGGACUCCGUAAUGAUCACGGGAUCCUUGUGCGAGACUCGGUGCGAUGCCAGCUCUCAGCAUAUUUGGACACGGCUAUCAGGACGAGUACAGUAGACGGGGCGAGGGGAUGUGAUGACGUGGAAAUGGACGAGGAAGAAGAUAGAACAGAUUAAGCCCAUACAGCCAGUCUACUUUACACCCUGGGACUGGAAGUUCAAACCAUCAUUGUUGCGAG